UACAGCCAAUUUCCGUUCUUCGUCGCGUUCAGUCUCACCCUCAAAGCCUUCUCUGUUAUUUCUCUGUCUAGCUCCAAUGGCUUCCUCGUGGCUCUGCUCUCCCAAAUUUCUAGUCUUUCUCGUGCUCCUCUCAGCCGUACCGAUCGGCGUAAUUAUCUCAAUGGAGCUAGCAAAGCCCCCAACUCACGUGUACCAUUACCGCAGCACGGGGUGGUUAAGAGAGUGCGGCAAGUGGGAUGAUCAAAAUCGGCGCUUCAUCGUGACUUUCUUCGAAGGAGGAAUCGGUCAGAUUCCGGUGACGGGAGUGGAGGGCGAGGUGUUAGAGGAGAUACCGAUCGUCAAAGACGCUGACCUGACAGGAAACGCAUCCCUGGGAAUCGUCAUCGACCGACCGAGGAAUCGGCUGCUGGCAGUUCAUGCAGACGCAGUGGGGAAUCGGUACGGGGCACUUGCUGCCUACGAUUUGUCAACUUGGAAACGAUUGUUCCUGACCCAGCUCAGUGGCCCAAACGACGAGAAAUCAUUACCGGACGAUGUUGCAGUGGAUGCAGAAGGGAAUGCUUAUGUAACGGAUGCCAAAGCCAGCAAGAUCUGGAAGGUUGGGGAGGAAGGGAAGGUUAUAUCAAUCAUAAGAAACCCACUGUUCGCUGCAAAGGAAUGGUACAAGAACUUGGUUGCGCUGAACGGCAUCGUUUAUCACCCAGAUGGAUUCCUGAUUGUGAUUCACACAUUUAGUGGCAACCUGUUGAAGAUUGACUUGUCAAGAGGGAAAGAGGAGGUGAAGCUAAUAAAGGUAGAGGGAGGGCCACUUAGAUUCGGAGACGGGCUAGAACUAGUGUCUCCCACCAAGCUGGUGGUUGCCGGGAAUCCUUCAGGAAGACUGGUGGAGAGUUCCGACGGCUGGGAAACAGCUUCUGUGGCGGCAACAUUCUGGGGGCUGAAGCACAGGUUGGCCACCGCAGCCACCGUGAAGGACGGCAAGGUCUAUCUCAACCAUUUGCUCGGGAUGGGCUAUCCUGCAAGGAAGCAUGCUUUCGUGGAGGCACCGUUUUAAACAAAGAAGGGAAUAACUGCUAUUUGCUUGUACUCCAAACGCCGGAAAACAUGUCAUGUUUAGCUUUUGGUUGGUGGUAUAUGGUUAGUGGGCCCGGUGUCCGUUAACCAAAUGUGUUGGUGUCCAGGGGAGACCUUUUUUUUUUCCCAAAAAAAAAAAUCUUUGCAGGGAUUGAUCCUUCCA